UCAGUGACCUUGACAAGUUAGAAGCUUGAAAGCAGGGAAAUCCGGAUGUCUCAGUUAUGAAGUGGAACAGUGGGGGCCCCAACACAUUUCCAGAAGUCUCCAUCCAGCCUGGUGAUUGCAUGCUUCUGUUACUGCCUGUGGCCAUCUGAGGUGCCUCUCUGGCUCUGAAGAGGUUGGCACAAUGGCCAAGUGCUUCAGCCUGGUGUUUCUUCUUGCCUCCAUCUGGACCACAAGGCUCCCCCCUGUCCAAGGCUCUCUCCUGGUAGAAGAGCUUUCCAUCUCAGAUCCAUGCAGAAUUGUGGGGGUCACCCUUUUGAACAAAAAGACACGUGAGCAGUUGAAUUUCACAGAAGCCAAGGAGGCCUGUAGGCUGAUGGGACUAACCUUGGCCAGCAAAGACCAAGUUGAGGCAGCAUGGAAGUCUGACUUUCAGACUUGCAGCUAUGGAUGGGUUGCAGAUAAGUUCUUAGUCAUCCCUCGGAUUACCGCAAACCCCAAGUGUGGAAAGAAUGGGGUGGGCGUCCUGAUUUGGAGACAUUCACCCAGCCAAAAGUACAAGGCCUACUGUUACAAUUCAUCGGAUACUUGGACUAACUCAUGCUUUCCAGAAAUUAUCAUCUCCGAAGAUCCCAUGGUCAGCAUUCAAACUGAAACCUACACAACAGAAAUGACUGUCAGCGACAGUACAUACUCAGCAUCAUCUGCUAAUGUACCUCACUCUCUUACACAUGCUCCUGCUCUGGCUUCGACUUCUAAGCCACGGAAAAAAAAAUUAAUUUGCAUAACAGAAGCUAUUAUGGAAACUACCACCACAUCUAUAGAAACUGAAUCAUAUAUUAACUAUAAAGCAGCAUUCAAGAAUGAAAAUGUUGGGUUUGGAGGUGUUCCCACGACUCUGCUAGUGCUUGCACUCCUCUUCUUUGCUGCUGCAGCUGGUCUCGCAGUUUGCUACGUCAAAAGGUAUGUGAAGGCCUUCCCUUUUACAAACAAGAAUCAGCAGAAGGAAAUGAUUGAAACCAAAGUAGUGAAGGAGGAGAAGGCCGAUGAUAACCUUUAUGAGGAAUCAAAGAUAACUGAUAAAAAGCUAGAAGAGCCCAAGAGUCCACCCAAAACUACAGUGCGAUGCCUGGAAGCUGAAGUUUAGAUGAGAAAUGACAGAACACACCCAAGGCUGAUUUUCUUUCUUGAUACAUAUCCUGUUCCCAGAUGGGGAAACUGAAAGGGCCAAAGAACCAAACAAAGAAAGUCCAGCCUUGCUUCCUAAAUGGAAUCAGCUCAGGGCUGCCUUUGGACUAUGUAGGUAACAAAAGGGAAUUCCCUUCUUCUUAGUGCAAUCCUUUCUGGAUCCUAUCCUCCUACCUCCAAAGCUUCCCACAGCCUUUCUAGCCUGGUUAUGUCCUAAUAAUAUCCCAGUGGGAGAAAAGAGCUUUGCAAAGCACGAGGAUCUAAAACAGCUAAUCAGAAUACAUUUGUAAAGAGGCCUCAGGGCUGACUGAGAAUAGAUAGGUGAGUCAGAGCCAAGAAACUAGAGACCAAGGCUUUCUCUAUUGACUCCACAGCCCAGAUCCCUCUUCAAGCUCCGAAAAGGAAACAUUUACACCACUUGGCAUGUCCUUCUGAGCCAGGCAAGAGCAAAAGAAGGAAGGAAAAGUUUAGCAACUGAAGGCCAUAGAGAUUCCCGUGACUUGAGACCUGAUCUCUGUAAAGCCAAAACAAAUAGAGAAAAAGAAUGAGGCUGAGGAUAUUGACAGCAUAUUGUCAGCAGGGACUAUAAAUACAGACAGGGUCAAAUUAUUCAGAGAUGAAUAAUUUGAGUUGGAAUCACUUUUUUAGAACACAUCCACUUUCUUUUCUUUCUCUCCUGCUGCUGCUAUUUUCUCUAGAAGAAUAUACUUUUACAAGAAACAAAACAAAACCCUGUUACGAAUUUCUACUUUCACCUGAGUUAUAGAAAUUAUUACUGCGGAAAAUUACUGUGUUAAAAAUCAAUAUAAUUUAACAAACAUAUUUGCUGAAUACCUACUAUAUGUCAGGCGCUGUGCAAGGUAUUACAUUCUGUAAUUGAAUAUUAUUCAUCAAAAGUUUGCAUAUAAUGUUGUCUGAAGCUAAUAUUUAUCAAUUUUGAUAUUCCCAGCUUAUCCACUUCCCAAACUAUUUUUUUGCUGAGACUAAUCUAUUAAUUAUUUUUUCUAAUAAAGCAACCAUUAUAACUUUAAUUUAUUAUUAACAUACCUAAAAACAUACAUUAUUACUUUUACACACCAAAGCACAUUUUUAAUGUCAUUAACAAAUGUAUCACUAUCUAUCCUUUUUCCAGCAAGAAGAGCCUGAAAGGUGCAGAAAUAUUUGUAAAUAUUUGUGCCCCCAAAAUAAAAGCAUUUAGAAAAC